UCGAACCUUCAAAUAUCGACCCGCAGCUGCUAGAUGUUUUUUCGUCAACAAAACAAAACAGCCGCCGCUGCCGCAGAAAAAACUAAAAAGUCGGUCAAAGAUCCGAAAUAAAUAUUGCAAAUUGUAAAUUAAAUGCAUUAAAGGCGGAGGCUGCGUGCAGUGCAAAAAUAAAGUUAUUUGAAUUUCUGCCAAGGCAGCUUGUAUCGAAUUUUAAACCCCAGUGAAGCACACUCAGUGCGAUGGAGCGGCAUCCAGGAGGUGGUGAAUCCAGUGAUCAGGAGGAGAAAAAAAGCCCCAGUGCUGCGGCAGAUUACAUGAAGAAUUUCAAGAACAUCAUAGCACCGGGAAAUGAGGCCUCCAUGACCAGGGAAUUCAAUCCGCAGGUGGCCUACGAGUUCGAGAAAUAUCUCAAUCCCCAGAAGCUCAAGCAGCAUGUGCUCAAGAGUGACAAACUGCGAUCCAUUAUGGAGCACUAUGCCAAGGAAUCGGGACAGCCCAUAAAGCAGCUGGAACGUCAGGCCAGGGCGAUCAUCGAUGAAAUCGGUCUGGAGCGGAAUAUGGCCAUCAUACGAUGGUGCGGCAUCGCCAUCACAGCGAUCGGCAAAAGGAUCUGCGAUGGAUUCUAUGUCAAUUCGGCCAGCAUGGCCAAUGUCCGCAAGGAUAUGGGCAAGUGCCCGGUGCUCUACCUCCCCAGUCAUCGAAGCUACAUGGACUUUAUCCUAAUGUCGUACAUCUGCUACUACUACGACAUUGAGAUACCAGGAAUUGCGGCCGGAAUGGAUUUCCACUCGAUGUUUGGCAUGGGCACCAUGUUGAGAAAAACGGGUGCCUUCUUCAUGCGGCGCAGCUUUUCGAAUGAUGAGCUCUACUGGGACAUUUUCCGGGAAUACAUGUACGCACUGGUGGCUAAUUACCACAUCGGCGUGGAGUUCUUCAUUGAGGGCACUCGCUCAAGGAAUUUCAAAGCCCUGGUGCCCAAAAUAGGACUCCUAUCGAUGGCUCUGCUACCGUAUUUCACUGGUGAAGUGCCGGAUGUGAUGAUUGUGCCCGUAAGUGUGGCCUACGAACGAGUUCUGGAGGAGCAAUUGUUCGUUUAUGAACUGCUGGGAGUGCCCAAACCCAAGGAGUCGACAAAGGGUUUCUUUAAGGCAUUAAAAAUCAUUGACGAGCGAUUUGGCAAGAUGUUCCUGGAUUUUGGAGAACCGAUUUCGGUGAAGGAGUUCUUCGGACACGACAGUGGACAGAGGAUGCAAAGAGCAGGAGUUGGUGGUCACCUGCAGAAGCUCAAUCGACAGGAGGUGGAACUGGUCAAGCAGCUGGCCAAUGAGAUUAUUUACCAACAGCAGCGUCGCAUUGUGAUCAGCACUUUUAACCUGUUGAGCUUGUACUACGCCAGUCAAUUGUAUGCCCAAAAGAAUGUAAAUAUCGAUGAGUUAUCCCGUGGAGUUUUGCAUCUGAAGCGUAUUUUCGAGCAACUUGGAGCCCAUGUUAGCACUACGCCCAGUAGCAUCAAGACGGAUAUUAUAGAUGCCGUAGAGAUACACUCGAAUAUCCUGCAUUUUGUCGCAGCCAAAUUGCAGUUUACGCCAAUGGCAGCCAAACAAUUGGCGGAAAAGAUCGAUGUGAGGCGCAUGAAGGCCCAUGCUCUUUGUCCACAAACCAUGGCCGUGGCUGUACCCAUGUUGGCCCUGCAGCUCUACAUCAACCCCUGCAUGUUUUGGCUGGCCAGGCCAGCUUACCUUCUUCUGGCAGCUCUCAAGGAGCAGAGAAAUCAGGAAAAUCAGCUAUCAACAGCAGACACCAUCUCAUACGAUGCCAGUUUGAGUGCGCUGCACUCGCAUGUGACCACCAUGGAUGCACUGUUCCAGCACGAGUUCAUCAUUGAAUCGAAUCGCGAGGCGGCGGAGUUUGAAACGCAUCUGCAGCUGCUCCUGGACGAACGAGUGGUGGAGGUGGAGAAGAGCGGCAGGAUCAGGGUGCAAAAUAAUGAGUGCUCACAUGUUAUACUGGCCGCCCUGGCGCCAUUCCUGUGCCUCUACUACCAGCUGGUGGUCACGUUAAGAAAGAUUCCCCUGGAUUUUGAGUUCAGUAACAAGGAUCUGCUUGUUCGCGUCCAGCAACAUGUGGAGCAGCUGCUGCAGCAACCCGGAGGAUCUGCCUCACAUGUCCAUCCAUAUUGCCUGGCGCUGGACAAUCUCAACAUAGCCAUCUACGCCCUGAUCCAGCGGGGCUACAUCCUCAAGUGUAAGGACUCGGGACAGAUGAAGAUCGCUGGGACUCCAGGAAAGUGCUUGCAAGAGCUGGAACUUCAACUUCUCGAGUACUGCCAACUAAUGCCAUUCGCCCAAUACUCGACGGCGGCCAACCAGCAGGCCCAGUUUCACAUAGCCAAGUUAUAACUGGCAAAUGGCAAGAGGUCGACGGCGACGGAAGAAUCCGAUCCAAAUCCCGAUUCCGGAUCGAGUCCCAUACAGUGUAGUACAAUUAACAUUUCAUUACCCAUGCAGUUCAUCCAGUUUGUUGUCGGCCUGCUCAAGAAUUGUCGCAUCAUCUGCAUUCUGUUUUUCAUUGUGGUGGUGGCUCCACUCUGGCAGCUGCUCCACUGGAUCAUCGUUUCCUCCCAUUCAUUCACGUAGGUUUAGGGGUGUCUGGUUAGGUUGGAUCGAUUUUGUAAGUCAAAAAGAAAACAUACCCUAUAUAUCAGAGUUACCUACGAACAAAUUUAAACUUUUUUUCCUAUUACCUUAAAGAUUUAUUUAUUUAAGUAUUGUAUAUUAAGAUUAGAAUAUGAUUUUAUAACCAAUAGCUAAAUUUGACAUUCCCCAUAUAUAGUUUUUGCAACUCGAAAAACAAUUUUAAAAGGUAUUAAAACAAUUCAUCUAUUUUUCGUUUCGACUAUCUUGAUUUCCCCAUUCUUGACAUACAAAAAAAGUCGAUCCAUCCUAGAAAGUGCGUGUGUGUGAGUGCUAAGAGUAUUUUUAAGCCUAAAAACUGAUAUUUUAUAUCCAGUUUGCCAUGAAAAACAAAUGAAAUUCACUGAAACGCCAAAACACACAAAUUGCAAGAAAUCGAAUUUUGAUCAAAAACAUUUUUGUAUAGAUAAAGCGGUUACUGGUAGAUCCCAUCGAAAUAUAUAUUCCAUAUAUUUUUUGCCGAGGAAUUCUAGAAAUGUUUCCCAACAGAAAACACAUGACACAAAAAUGCACAAUUUCAAGAUUUUUAAAGCGCAGUUAGCUAAGCUCUUGCAAAGGUUUGAAAGUUUUAAAACUAGCAAGAUGCAUUUUAAAUACUUAGUUGGGUAGUUUUUUUAUUCCAAGUGAGUGAUAGUGUAACUUGUAAAUCCUUUUUAAUUUACAAUCGUUUAGAACAAUGGCAACCAAUUAUGUAAACUAUUCUUUCGAUAGCGUGAUGGAUGAUGCAUUUUUGUAAAUGUUUAAGGAAAAGUUUUUGUUAAUUUAAUCUGGUGUUAAGUUUUGUGUUUUAUUUCAUAAUCUUAAGUUGGUUAUGUUCGUCAUCCGGGGAUUAUUUUUUAAUAUUCUAUUGUGCCAAUACAAAAGUCAGCACCUCAAACAAAAUAAAUAAAGGCAAGCCACAAAACUUGCCCCUAGAUAUAUAUAAAAACGGUUAAAUCAGACGUAAACCCAUUUGAGUUGGGGUCCGCUUAUUCCUAAAGGAAACCACAGCACAAAAAUGUCCGAAGAGUGCAAUACAAAUAUUCUAUAUAAUGAUAUUUUUAGAUUGUUUUGUUUUUAUUUUUGUGGUAGAUAAUUUUAUAUUUAUACAGAAUUAAAAAUGAGAAAUCAACACCGAUCCUAACUUCACCCUCUAACAACUAAACCAAAUAAAACUAAAACCAGAGCAAUAAUAAAAAUUUAGUAGGUGCCAGUUGCGCCCAAGAAACUUGA